UGGUACACUUAUGAUUGAGCCAACGGAAAGUGAAGAUAAGGAUGAAUUGGAUCGUUUCUGUGAAGCCAUGAUAUCAAUUCGAGCUGAAAUUGCCGAAAUCGAAGCAGGACGUAUGGAUAAUAAAGUGAAUCCAUUGAAAAUGUCUCCACAUACUCAAGCGCAAGUUAUCUCUGAUAAAUGGAAUAGACCAUACACGCGGGAAGUUGCAGCCUUUCCAGCGCUCUUUGUUAAACCCGAAUCCAAAAUUUGGCCUACAGUUGGCAGAAUAGACGAUGCUUAUGGUGACAAACAUUUAGUCUGCACUUGUCCACCAAUUUUACCUGAUCUGUAAAGUUUUAAUAUAUUAUACUAAAGCAGUGGUAAACAUAUAUAUUGAGUUU